AUGAAAUCCGGUAUUUCCAUGCUUCUGAGCGCCAUGCUGCUGCUAUUCAUCAGUACCCCAAUUGGGAGUGCUGCCGGUAGUCCAUCACCCAGCCUUUCGCGACGAGAGGCUAACUUGCAGCCGGGACCAGACGAGCGUUAUUUCGAGUGUCCAGAUGCCUUACAUCCCAAGCUUUAUUGUCGAAACAACCACCCCGCCGUAAAUAUAAGGUAUCACUUUCAUGACAAGGACGUCCCGCUUUUCAUCUGUGGCGAAAAGGAAAAGGCGACGUGUUGCAAGUCCUACAACAGCGACUGUCAAGAUGCGACUUUGACUACUAACCCAUAG